CCCACGCCAACGUUAACAGGCAACAUGGCAGCGUUCUUUAAAUUUACCUCCAAAACCAUUUCCUCAAACGGGCAGCUGAAGUCUCUGGUGAGAACAUUAUUCUAUUAUUCUAAACGUCGGAACGAUCGAUAGAGAAAUUUUUCACUGCUAUGAUCAUGAAUGGCUAUUGUUCUUUCUCUCUCUCUUUUUUAACAUGUGAAAUCAUAAUCUGGAUAAAAUUUCCGCACAGCCCCAUACUAUUGUAAAACAAAUCUGUUUUCCCAGUGGUGAUGUAUUGUUUUUGUCAUUGUUUUCUCUAUCCAAGAACUGAAUGCAUAAUGUAGUAUGGGGCUGUGAGGAAAUUUUACCAAGUUAGCCAUUGGAAAAAAUGUAUAAGGUGGGCAAUAUUGCAUUGCAUCUUUCCAUAUUAGAUGAAACUUUCAAAUGUUUUUCUGCUUGUAUCUGUUAGUCUACAAAACUUAAGGAGCACAUUGUUCCUUAGACAUAAUUAUAUAUUGAAAUGUGACCUGACCUUUUCUACUCCACAAUUUAACAGUUUUUCCAAGGCUCAUCUCCACUGUUUGCUCAAACAAAACAAAUUUGGAAUACACACUUACUUGGUAGGUACAGAUUCUUUUACUAGAGUAGAGAAACCUCAACUCAAUUUUUCAGCUAUAAUUAAACUGUAACCAUGAAAUUCAUAAUAUCAAGCUGUGGGUUUUUGUUACAAAUUGAUGUUACUGGUGCUCUGGGGGAAAAAAGAGCCCACAAAGACAAAGAUUAAUGAGACUGCUAGCAUCAGGGACAUAUGGUUUGUGGUUUUCUGGUGUUCUCUCAUAUCUUGACCUUUAGUACAGUAUUUUGUACAACUCCAGCAACACUCUCCAGACAAACAAACAAAUAAACAAAUACUUUAUUUAUUGAGGGUGAAAUACAUUAUUACCAGUAGCCUGGUAAUUUUCAUAAUGACCCCCAGCAAAAACAGAACACAAAAACAAAAACAUAUCACAUACAAGAAUCAUACUAAUCCUACCAAUUAUUACACUUCUAACUAAAUUAUUAAAAUUUAGUAUAAAAAUCAAAAAGUCCUACUAAUCUUAAAAUGUUCUAGUGAAGAGUUUUCUUUGAUAAAAUUAUUCUGUAGCAUUUUUCUGAAAUUUGAGUGAGAAAUUAUGUUUCUGUAUGAGUUACCUAGAUUAUUCCAUAGACAACAUGCACUUGAGUGGGAAAACCUGAGCCCUGAAUUUCUGAGAUAACCAUAUGUAGACCUAACAAGAGUAGAAAAGUCAUGUUGUGAUUUUUUAACUUUCAUUGACUGUUAUCUGUUGUUUAAAUGUCAACUUUCAGGAACAAAUCUGUUGUCAGGAUGCCACUCAGUUACUCUGUCACCACUCCUUCUUGGCUCAAUUCAGAAAAGAAAUAUUACCUUACUUACCACAUUCAAAGUUGUUGAUAAUAGUACUCUUGGGAAAAGUGUGAAGAAGAAUCGCAAACCUUACUUAAUAGGAUUUUAUAGAAAAAGGAAGACUGCUGACCCUGGGGAUGUGAUAAGAGUUGCUGUGGCUGGAAAGACCAAUAAAGCAGUUGUCAUUGGCACAAGGAAAACAAAGCAUCACACAAUUCCAAGAUAUGACAACAACUGUAUUGUACUUGUGGAUGACAACCUUGCCCCCCUUGGAACACGAGUAAAAGCACCAAUUCCAACAAUUUUAAGAAAGAGACAAGAAAAAUUGUCAAAAGUGCUGGCUCUUGCCACAAGAUUUAUUUGAUGCUGUAAACAUGAGUGUGUU